UAUCCUGGCUGUCAGCGUCCUUUCCCGCCCUCCCCAGCAGGCUUAUGGUUAGGCUCGUCCAGCACAGCACACAGGACAGUUAGGCAAAACAAAACAACAUCCCGGCUCAAAACUUGAACGUACCGCUAUUGUUUCUUCGGCUACUCGGCGAUCUUGUGGACGUGCUUCUAAGACACUUGAUUCAGUUUAGUCAUUCUUUUGUGUCAUUCGUUUUGAGAAUGAAGUCUCUUGUGUUUGUUUUCGCUGUUGGGCUGUGUCUGUUCUACAACCAUUUGCCAUUACAAGGCGCUCCACUAGCACAGCCAGAGGCAACUGAUAUUACGACCGCAGCUACAAAUAUAACUACAGCAAGUACAACUAAAGCACCCACAACGACUGCGACAACGACGAAUACACCCACAACAUCCCCAACAACCGUUACCACUGCGUCUACAGUCAACACCACCGGGCACGUGACCACUCUCGUCACAUCUAACACCACUAGCCACAAUGUGACCACCGGAGCCCCAUCCAGCACCACUGAGCACACCAGCUACACCACGAUUGCCCCACACAACAGCACAAGCACAUACGUUACCAGUCCCUCCACCAAAGGGAGCACCACCUCCCCCAUCUCCACCACCACGGAGAAGCACUCUUCCGGUUCCUCCUUUGACGUCGGUUCCUUCUUUGGGGGCAUUGGCUUAAUGGUGGGCCUGAUCAUCAUUGCGGCAAUAGCAUACCAGUGCUACAAACGGCGCUCAUCAGAAGGCUACAAGUCCAUGUAAUGAAUGAACUUGUCUUAAAGCAAUGCAAGAGAAAAGGAAAAGGAGGGAAAACUUAAUGCUGAAAAGAGCACACUACCCAACUCCAUUUAGCUCCCUUUGUGAGUGAGCUCUCCAAUGAAAGUUCUGAUGUGCCUUAACUAAUGACAUGUAUUAUGAUUAAGAUGUGUGUGUGUGCGUGUUUCUAUGCGUGUGAGUGUGGGGUAUAAACAUAAGUCAAUGUAUGCUUAGUUAGUUCUAGUCCGCAUUGUAAAUAAUCUUUUAAUACGAUUUAAAAAAUGUGUAAGGACCAUUUGAAAUUUGAUAAAAUGGAUACUGUACGGACAGGUGGAAGAAAAUUUGAGCUUCCUAAUUUAGCUUGACUUUUUUUCUCGUGCGGGCCAGAUGUAACCCGCGGACUGUAGUUCUAACACAUAUAUGCAAUGUUGAAGAGGUAUAGCAUGUACAAGAUGUCCACAAAGUUCUCUAGUCAAUAAAAGGAUGUAGACUAAACAAAUAUCAGGUUUUCAUGAUGUUACAGAAUGUAGAAUGUUUUAGCACUUCGUAACAUGUAGCACCAUUCAAAUAAUGUACCAUGUGAAUUUUAACAUUUUGGAACGGUUAGCACCAUUUGACUGUUAGCAAUGUGUGACAGUUAGCACCAUGUGACGUUUAGCAACACGUGACGUUUAUCGCUAUGUGACUGUUAGCUUCAAGUGACGCUUAACAUAUUCUAACAUAAGUCGAAUAUAUUCACGAAGCCAUUACAGUAGCAUUGACCCCAAGUAAUAGCAGCGAGUGUACACUUUGACACUGGGUAUUAACUGGUGACUGAUUCACAACAUUGACAUGACACCAGGGCCGGCCUUAGGCAUAGGCAAACUAGGCAUCCGCCUAGGGCCUCAGAUUGGUGGGGGCCCUGCUUAUGACAAAAUAUUUUUAGAGAAAAAACAGCGUAACUUGGUUCAGAUAUACUCUAAACAUAGCAUGUCUGCUAGACUAUCUCUAUGGCUCAAGGUUUAUCAAUUAAAGUUUAGAUUUACUUGUUAGAAUUUGUCAAAGUCAUAUUUGUUGAUUUCGAUAUACUAUAGAUACAAAUAUGUUUGCGUGGUUUUAAUUUCUCGUUAUUUAUUUUUAAUUUUCAUUUGGGGCCACCAAAGUCACUUCGCCUAGGGCCUCCGACCACCUAAGGACGGCUCUGAUGACACCCUGGACAAGACAGUGACCCUACAACGUGACUCGUGUUUCUGUUGGAAUAAUAAAUGCAAGUGUUUAUA